AUGGCGAGGCUGAGCCACGGCCUCCUGGGCGCUCUGAACCUGAUGACGCUCCUCCUGUCCCUGCCGGUGGUGUGCGCGGGCGUCUACUUCCGCAUGCGCGCCGCCACGGAGUGCGAGCGCGCCCUGCAGCUCCCCGUCAUCGCGUUCGGCUGCGCGCUGCUGCUCAUGUUCCUGCUCGUCGUCGCCGUCUUCGCGCUCACCGUGUUCACGUUCGUGGUCACCAACCGUGGCGCGGGAGGCGCCGUGUCCGGCCGCGGGUACCAGGAGUACCGCCUCGGGGACUACUCCGGCUGGCUGCAGGCGCGGAUCGCCGAGCCGGAGACGUGGCGGCGCGUCGAGAGCUGCCUCUCCGAGGCGCGCGUGUGCGGCGGCCGGCCGUCCGACGGCGCCGUGGGCCAAGACGCCACGGAAUUCUACAAGCGACACCUCUCGCCCAUCCAGUCUGGUUGCUGCAAACCACCGACGCGGUGCGGGUUCCGGUACGUGAACGCCACCUUCUGGGCUGCCCCGGGAUCGGGGCUGUCAGCGGCCGCGGCCGGCGACGCUGACUGCCGGGCAUGGAGCAACGACAUGCAGGUGCUGUGCUUCGAGUGCGACGCGUGCAAGGCCGGCGUGCUAGAGACUGUCAAGACGAAGUGGAAGGCGGUCGCGACCGUGAACAUUGCCCUCCUCGUGCUCCUCGUCGUUGUAUACACGCUCGGAUGCUGCGCCUUGCGCAGCAAUGGUGGAAGCCGGUACUUCAAGGACGACGGUGAUGCUGACAAAAUCUGA